AUGUCGGCUCCAAACAGUUCAUACUACGCGGGAUAUGAGACGGCGACUUACUCGAAGGGCGCAGCGAGGGGUCAGAUUAUUGUUGUGGAUGUAGGAAGCACUACGGUGUUACCCGCUAGUCCGCCGCCCCCCGUGCCGUGCGUAUUUCCCGAGGGGAAAGAGGUUGUGGCACUUGGAAAUCUAACUGUGCUUCUUGACACGUGGCUGACCGGACCCGAAGUGGUUGGAUCGACCUGCGACGCCCAGGCAGCCGGCCAAAUCUGCAUGGCCCUCUACAGGCUGGGUGACGACUACAACCUCUUCUACAAUCUCACCUCCUUCACUGCCAAACCGGGCGCGCCGACGUCAGCCGUGAUCGCGCGCAACUCGGCGGGAAAGGCGGGAGCCACCGUCCUCGAGCUUGCCGGGGCCAACGUCACGUGGCAGAACGUCACUCGUCCGCCGCCAAGGAGGCCAAAAGUCGCUCCCACAUACACCUAUAACUUAAAGGGGACUUGGCUUAAAGCGAAUACGCUGAACGCGACGAACGGGAAGACUGUGUCGAACCUGAUUGUCAUGAUGACGCUGGCAGUGGAUACUUAUUACGGGCAAUUCGCGACGCCGGAUUUCGCGGCGGGAGCAGUGAGGGGGCAGCUUACCGAACUGACGAGCCAACCGACGCCGGCGGGUCAGAGCGAAACGGACGGGAAAUCCAGACCGUUCCGCAUCGCGUGCACCUUACCCAAGCCCGCAGAGGCUGCUGCACUCGGAAAUCUGAUAGUGGUUCUCGGCGCGCCGCAGAACGGAUCGGAAAUGGUUGGGUCGAAGGGCGACGCCAAGGCCAAUGGCCGAAUCUGCCUCGCCGUCUACGAGCUCGACGGAGACUACAACAUUUUCUACUAUUCCCUCGUCACCACAUACAAAACGGAAGCACCGACCUCUGUCUUCAUCGGGCAAGGCAUGGCGGGAACGGCGGGAAGCAAGGUUUCCGAUAUUGUCGGGGCAACUGCCAAGUGGAAGAACAUCAGUGUAUCGCCGCCUCCUCCUCCUCCGGAUGUUAACAAGACAGCGCCGCCGCCUUUCUACACCUACACCAUCCAAGGGACGUUGCUUAAAACGAGUACGCGGGCCGCGUUAAACGGGAAGACGGUCAAGAGUGUGAUUGACGAUGUUCUGUUGGCUCCGAACAGCUCAUAUUACGCGGGGUUUGCGUCAGCAGCUCACAAGAAGGGCGUUGCAAGGGGGCAGAUCAGAGUGCUGGUGGCCGACGCAAGCCAUGCUGAUAGCCAGCCAAUCGACUCAUUUAUUGGUAGGUGCCUUAUGGGCUUGGUGGGGGCACAGCUGAACGGCUCCAGUGCUGACGUCAACGCCACAGGCUCCCUCUCUCUUGCUGUCAUCCUCAACACCACAAGCAACGACUACGACAUUACCUACAGCAUCGCCGUGACUCUCACCAACCCUGGCGAGCCCACCCGCGUCGUCAUCAUGAAAGGCGCUGACGUGGCACUCACCGUGGCCACCAGCAGUGCCACGUGGACCAAUCGCACGCUCGCACCGUCCGCUCCAGCGGCAGAUCCCACUAACGAGAUGUGCAAGACCAUACCCCCCGAAGCCUGCUUAAGACUGAAAGCCCAGUAUAAAGCCGAGCACCCUCCUCCCCCGCCUCCCCCUUUCCCUGGCUACACCUACGAAACCGCUGGCACUUGGCUAAGCGCCAGUUUUUUGAAGGCGGAUAACGGGCAGACGUACAAGGAGCUGGUGAAUGCUAUGCUGGCUGCUCCUGGCGCUUACUCUGCUCGUGUCUUUGCCAUUGUUGAGGCUGGAGCGGCGAGUGGGGCUUUCGCCAAUAGCACGCUGACAGCUGGCAAUGGGACCGUGGCAGGUGGCCAGGCUGCCAAGUUGGGCAUCAAGUUUGUUGCCAUAUGA